AUGAAUCCACAAAGAGUAUAUGAUUACAAUGAGGAAUCUCAAGCGGACCGCCUUGCGAGAAAAUCAAAGGACUCUCCCUUUAUGAUUAUAGGAAUCUUAGGGUUGGUGGGUGUUUGUGGAUAUGGAGCUUAUACAUACAAGAAUAGAGGCAAAAUGAGUACAAGCGUGUUUCUUAUGCAGUUUCGAGUUGCAGCCCAAGGAACAGUUGUUGCUGCACUAACAAUAGGUAUUGGAUAUUCACUUGUCCAGAGAUAUUUGUUAAAAAAUGAAAAAAAAGAA